AAAUGGUCUAAUAUGUGAUGGCACUAUUUCUAUUGAUGGAAAUAAAUUGAGCAUUGUGUAUGAUCCACCGCACCUACUGAAGGGUAUGAGAAAUAAUUUACUGAACAAAGACAUGAGUUGGUAA